CUAAUCAAAUUUGCCGCAAACCCUAAUUCCUGAACCCUAGGAGGGGAGGAAGAGCGAUGGCGUUCGUGGGCGCCUUGGGCAGUGAGUUGGGCCUCCGAUUGCUGCUAUCGCCCGCUGGAACAAACAUUGUUGUGCGCACGGCAAGUGUUGGAAUUGGGAUCGGUUUUCCAGUGUAUUCCACAUUCAAGGCCAUUGAGAGGAAGAAUCAAGCAGAACAGGAGGAAUGGCUUGUCUAUUGGACUGUGUAUGGAUGUUUCACUGUAGCGGAAAUCUUCUCUGAUUCCCUUCUCUCCUGGUGUCCAUUCUAUUACCACGCAAAGCUUGUUUUCCUUGUUUGGCUACAAUUCCCACACAACUACGGAGCAAGGCAUGUUUUCAAGGUGUUUCUAAAGCCUCUGUUCGUGAAACACAAACCUCAGCUCGACAGGAUCGUCGAGGGAACACGCUCAGAUCUCGACACUUUCGUCAAGACCACAAAGGAGAGAAAAGAAGUCCAAGCUAUCGUGCACACAACGAAAAAUCUCGCUCUCUCAGCGUACCAUUCUCUCGGCGAUUUGAUCAAAGGCCACAACGAUAACAGUAGCAGAGGAAACGAUGAAGAUCAAACAGAUCAAACUUGGGUUCACGUUCGCAGAGACGAAGAUCAAGAUGAAUGAUGAAAAAUGGCUGUAAAAAUACUAGACUACAGAGUUUUUAGAAUAUUCGGGGAAUCUUUUCGCUUUAUGUUGACGCGACAGGGA